UAGUGAGUGAGAGUGUGUUAGAGGGAACAGCGACGAGCAGAACGUGGUGAGUGGGAGUCCAGACACACCACAACAACAGGAGGGGACAGAUUUUCACCUUUGCCUUCUAUCCUGCGAUCUCCCUGCUUCUUCUUCCACCUUCACCUUCACCGGCUUGUCACUGACUGAGCUGCGUCUCUGGCUCAAAGAUGGCUGGUAGCACUGCAGCCACCACCGCCCUCCUGCCUCCGGUGAAGAACGUGGUGGUGUACAGGAAUGGUGACCCCUUCUACAGUGGACGGAGGUUCGUGGUCAACCAGCGACAAGUGGGCACCAUGGAGGCUUUUCUGAACGAGGUGACCCAGAACAUCGGUGCCCAGCUCGCCAUCAGGACCCUGUACACCCCGAGGCAGGGCCACAGGGUCGCAGACCUCCAGGACCUUCGGACGGGAGCCCAGUACGUCGCUGCUGGCUUUGAGAGGUUCAAGAAACUGGACUACCUGAGCGUAGGAGCAAAAAAGCAGCCUGCCACCCGUGAAGAACCCCAGGCUAAAGCAGCACAGAGGCCAAAUGUUUCAGCUAAAUGGAGGAAGUUUAUACCUGUGCCCUGCAUUAUACAUGUUUUCCGUAAUGGCGAUAUCCUAUGUCCGCCAUUUCGGUUCAUCAUUCCUCGGAGCAUGCAGCAGGAUCUGGAGCAGGUCCUGAGUCUGGUCACAGAGAAGGUCUGUCUGCGAACAGGAGCCGUGCGCAGGUUGUGUUCUUUGGAGGGAGUGACUGUGACCUCAGCUGGGGAGCUGGAGACCGGCCACUGCUACGUUGCCGUGGGAACCGAGAGGUUUAAGAAACUUCCAUAUGUGGAGCUGCUGGUUUCAAACGCUGCAGACAGAUAUUACCCAGGAAAGAGAAGACUGAUGAGAAGAGCUGAGAACAGGAAAACAGGAAGUGGUCCAGCAGACCAGUACAGCGACUCUGCUCUCCUCGACUCCCCAGAAUCAGAUGGUCGGAGGGUGAAGUCAACAGGAGACGAAGCUGGGCCUCCACAAGCCUCACAGCAGAGGAGCAGGAGACAGGGAGCAGAUGAGAUGUCUGCAUUCUUUGCCAGGCCGGUGAAGAUCCGUAAGAACAGAGUCCAGCCCAGCAUCUUUAAAAGAGCGGCACGGAAGAGGAGAGAGGAGGUGCGAGGAGCUGAGGAGGUGCAGGAGGAUGAGAAUACAGCUACAGAGAUUCCUGUUGACCAGAGAGUGGCAGAAAUAGUGGAGGAUGAAGAAGGGAACCACACAGACGAUCCUCUGCACAGCACACAGGAGAAGCCAGAGUCAUCUCAACAAAAUGGCGUAGAAGCGACAGAAAACUGGAUGGAGAAGUCUGCUGAAAUACAGGAACCUGAGCUGGAGCACACACCUCCAAGACCUUCAUCAUCCACUUCUCAGGAUUCUCAGGGAAAGAACAGGGAGGAAAAGGUUGACCCACAGGAUGUCCCAUCAAACACAGCAGAACAGAACCUCCAGGAGGACAACUAGUGAAUGAGGAGCACGGAGGAUUCAAGGUCGCGUCAGCAUAACGAGCCCUGAACCACAGCAGAUAACCAGGAAGUUACUGCUUCAACAGAACCUAUGCAGCUGAAUGAAUGUUAUAGUUAGUAGUACUUAAACUGUGGUGAUGAGCCAAGUAACAUCAAUUUAUGUUGUUUUGUUUCAGAAAACUUAAAGAGACAAGAAUGUGACUUUGCUCAGACGUAAUUAGAACAAACACAACAGGAAGUGGAGACAAUAUCAUGUUGUAUGAUACAUUUGCAAAGACUAAUGAUCAAAGAGUGAAAUCAUAAGACUAUAUUUAACGAUGGAUAUCACAUUUCCAUUUCCUCCCACUAUCCACAAAUGAAGCCAAAAUAUCCCGGAUAUGAACGCUGCCAUCUUGUGCAUUCGAAGCCAGAGUGUGUGCAGUUGUGAUUGGAGGAUAGAGAUGGCAAAGGUCCAACUCAACCAGCUGUCAGUCACGUUGUUUUGAAAUCAUCAAAUAACUAUUUAAAACCAAACUUACCAAAAAACAACGAGCACUCGAACAAACCUAUAAUGAUAGAAACCAUCUUUGAGAAAAAGAGUAUUUAGAUUUUUGUUUUAGAACUACAGCCAUGCUAGCACCUCUUUCAAGCUGUACCCAGGCACAGUGGUGUUAAAUGCUAACAUCACCAUGUUAGCAUGCUCCUUGUGACAGUGCUUUCACUGGCCUAGUUUAGUGUGUUAGCAUGCUAACACUUCCUGACUGGCAGUAAACAGCUGAGAAAGAUGUAACAUAAACCAAAGUGUUGAAACUGAAAUUUUGACCUUGUGAUGGUUUUGGAUAAAAGUUGACAAAGCAAUUCAUCCAACACUUGUUGAGACAUUUCAAUGCAAAUUAAACUGUCAUCCCCAGAGCCACACUACUAGCAUGGCUAAUAAAAAACUUAACACCAUAAGCUUCACGUGGGUUGUAUUUGUUACAGGGAUUUGCAUUUGAUUGCAUUACAUUGUAAAGUGUAAGUGAUAUUGUGACCACACUGUUUUACAGGGACAAUUCUGACGUAGAUGUGAGUAGAUGGCAUUAAUUUACAAUGUGUACAUAAGAGACAAUAUUUGUGACGUUUGAAGUCUUAACUGUGUCUGAUAUGUGAAGAAUAAACAUGACAAAUUAUGUUUUGCUAACAUUUGUUUUUAUAAUUUCAACUACAUGACAAGCUGAAUAGAUGCAAUAAAGUCAUCUGUACAGUGCUGUGUCAAUUUAAAAAUACUGUGAAAAUAAAAACAUUAAGAUA